AUGGAGCAUAAUUUCCACCACCCGUUUACCCCGUACGACAUCCAAUUGCAGUUUAUGCAGGCCUUGUACACUUGCCUGGAAGAGAGCAAGAUCGCCGUCUUUGAAUCCCCGACGGGCGACGAGGAUGAGCCCGAGUGGAUGGUGGAGUUCGCCAGAAAGGAGUCGCGGCGCGCCUUGACCGAGAAGAGACAGGCGUUUGAAGCGCGACUGGCCAAGAUCCGUCUAGAAGAAGAGCGUUUAAAACAGGCCCAGGACAGUGUCAAUCGACCGCGGAAGAAGCAGCGCCUAGAGGAGCCAUCAGAAGCUGCAGUCGACGAGGACCAGUUUGUCCUUGAUGACUAUGACAGUGAUCUUGAGACCCCAAAGCCCAAAGAUGUCAAGGGUUCGGAUGAGUUCUCUGCCAGCACUCGAGCCCUGCUAGAGCGCUUCCAAGGGCAAUUUUCCUCACAGACCAAAGAGGAAGAAGAAGAACCAGAGGAGGUCAAGAUCUUCUUUUGCUCCAGAACUCAUUCUCAACUGAGUCAAUUCGCCGGCGAAUUGCGACGGGUGGCCUUUCCGUCGAGUAUCCCCGAGCUUGAACCGGGGAGUACCAGCCUCUCUGCACUUGAAGAGCGGGUCAAACACCUCUCGCUGGGUUCCCGAAAGAACCUGUGCAUCAACCCCCAAGUUCGAGCUUUAGAAAACACUACAGCGAUCAAUGAAAAGUGCUUGGACCUACAGCAAGCCAGUGUGGCGGCCGACAAAAAAUGCAAAUUCAUUCCAUCCAAAGACGAUGAGGCCUUGGCGCUCGAAUUCAGAGACCACACGCUGGCUACAGUCAAGGAUAUCGAAGACAUUGGCGAGGUGGGCAAAAAGCUCGGCAUUUGUCCCUACUAUGCGUCGCGCCCUGUCAUUAAAUCCAGCGAGAUCGUGACACUUCCCUAUCCUCUCCUAUUGCAACGGUCGGCCCGAGAGGCUCUGAACUUAUCUGUCAAAGGCCAUGUCGUGAUAAUUGACGAGGCCCACAACCUCAUGGAUGCCAUCGCCGGGAUUCAUUCAGUGGCAGUGUCGUUGAGUCAACUACAAACCGCCAUUGGGCAACUGACCACGUAUGCUCGCAAAUUCAAGAACCGCCUGAAAGGAAAAAAUCGAAAUUAUGUUGCACAGGUCAUUCGCUUGGUAAGCUCUAUCGCGGAACAUUUAAAGACAAUAUCCCAGCGAAAAGGGGCACUUGAAGGCUCGUUGCAGACGUCCGACCUAAUGUCUGGCAAAGGUGUGGAUCAGAUUAAUCCUUAUAAGCUCUCUCGGUAUCUGCAAGAGAGCAAACUCGCCCGGAAGGUCGACGGUUAUCUCGAAUCCUCUGAACAACCACAGGCUAGUCGGUCCAAGGAAAGAGCAACUAUGCCCGUUUUGUUUCACAUACAGAGCUUUCUUCUCCCUUUGAUGAAUCCUUCGGAGGAGGGACGACUUUUUUUCCAAAAGAGCCAGGACGAUAUCAUGUUGAAAUACGUGCUAUUGGAUCCCACGAAUCACUUCCGGGAGAUUGCGGAGGACGCCCGCGCCGUUAUCCUGGCCGGUGGUACUAUGUCGCCUAUGUCGGACUAUGUGGACCAUCUUUUCUCCUACUUGCCUGCGGAGCGACUGGGCACAUUCAGUUAUGGACAUGUGAUACCCAAGACGAACUUGGUCGCACAGUCCUUGAUCCAGGGGCUCAUGGGUAAUGAAUUUGACUUUACUUACGAGGCACGAAAUUCGGAGAAGAUGAUCACCGACCUUGGACGAACGAUGGCAACCCUUUGUCAAGUCAUACCGGAUGGUGUCGUUGCAUUUUUCCCUAGCUAUGACUAUCUGAGCCAUGUGCUGAGUGUUUGGAAGAAGCCUAUCCCCAAUGGUAACGGACAAAGUACUUUCGACUUGCUAGCACGCAAGAAAAAGAUCCUAUACGAUUCCCGUGAGGCAGUAACAACGACAGAUGCCUUACUUCAGGAAUACACCGAAGCCGUCGACUCGGGCUCUGGUGCCUUACUUCUCUCCAUCGUGGGCGGAAAAUUGUCGGAGGGAAUCAAUUUUUCCGAUCAGCUUGGUCGUGGCGUGUUUAUCAUCGGCCUGCCAUUCCCCAAUAUUCGCAGUCCCAUCUGGCAGGCCAAGAUCCAAUAUCUUGAGGAGAGGACGUAUAGGCAAGUGGUUGGUUCUGAGACAGAAAGAAAAGCAGCCGGCAAGGCGGCCGGUAGGGACUUCUACGAAAAUUCGUGCAUGAGAGCUGUCAACCAAUGUAUUGGACGUGCCAUCAGACAUGCCAAUGACUAUGCUGCAAUCAUCAUGAUCGAUCGCCGGUAUGAAUCACCCCGGAUCCAAGGGAAAUUGCCAGGGUGGAUUCGAGGAAGUUUAGUCCCAGCACCGCCCGCGCGAGCGGCUCAAAUGACUGUGCAAAGACUCUCCAAGUUCUUUACUGACAAGAACUCAGAGUCUGUCCUAUAG